UCUCUGAUUGGCCCGCUUGGCCUGUCCAUCACGUUGUCCUUGCCGCCCACAUCCGCCGUGGUCUAGCGGUUGCCCACUCUUCGGUUGUUUACGUCUUUAGCGCGUUAGUUUGACCUCGACUCUCAGGUGGUGUGUGCGGCUGUCAGUGAUGCCCGGGGAGAGGCAGGGCUGCUGCGGGGACAGGACAGGCCGGAGGCGGGGACAUGUCUUCUGAGUGACGCCUCGUUUACUUUGUCAGGAUGAACAGCGAGGAGGAGUUUUACGAUGCUGAGACAGGGCUGGAGUCAGAUGAUUCCGGUGAGGUCAGUUUCAAAGAUGCCCUGGUGCUGGAGCGCAAGCAGGCGGCCACACAGGAGAACGGAGUGUGGGAGCGCAGGAAAACGCUGCCCGCGGAGAUGAUCUCCAGAAACAACUUCAGCGUGUGGAGCAUUCUGAAGAAAUGCAUUGGCAUGGAGCUGUCCAAAAUAGCAAUGCCGGUUGAGUUUAACGAGCCACUGAGUUUUCUCCAGAGAAUCUCGGAGUACAUGGAACACACUCAGCUUAUUCACAAAGCCUGCACUUUAUCUGACUCCAUAGACCGCAUGCAGGUUGUCGCUGCUUUUGCCGUUUCAGCCGUAGCGUCCCAAUGGGAAAGGACUGGAAAGCCAUUUAAUCCCUUACUGGGGGAGACUUAUGAACUCAUUAGGGAGGAUGAGGGCUACAGACUGAUCUCGGAGCAGGUGAGCCACCACCCCCCCGUCAGUGCCUUCCACGCUCAGUCUCUGAAGCAAGAGUUUGAGUUCCAUGGCUCCAUUUACCCGAAACUCAAGUUCUGGGGCAAGAGUGUGGAGGCUGAGCCCAAAGGCACGAUGACACUGGAGUUACUGAAACAUAAAGAAGCGUACACGUGGAUAAAUCCAAUGUGCUGUGUGCAUAAUAUAAUUUUAGGAAAACUCUGGAUUGAGCAGUACGGAACCGUGGAGAUAGUCAAUCACAGCACGGGAGACAAGUGUGUGUUAAACUUUAAGCCAUGUGGGAUGUUUGGAAAAGAGCUGCACAAAGUGGAAGGUUACAUCCAAGACAAAAGUAAGAAGAAGCGGAGGGUGAUCUACGGGAAGUGGACAGAGUGCAUGUACAGCGUGGACCCCAAGGUGUAUGAAGCGUACAAGAAGUCAGACAAGAAGACGGGAGGAGACUCAAAAAAGCUGAGACAAGAACAAAGUUGUGAAGGUGAAGCGGCAGAUGAGAUGCCGGAAGUUCAAGAUACUGUGACUGUGAUACCAGGAAGUGCCUUAUUGUGGAGGAUGACGCCGCCGCCUGCCAACUCUGCUCAGAUGUACAGCUUCACCAGUUUUGCCAUGACACUAAACGAGCUGGAACCCGGCAUGGAGCGGCUGAUGGCGUCGACAGACUGCCGGCUGAGGCCCGACAUCAGGGCCAUGGAAAAUGGAGACAUAGAGUCUGCAAAUACAGAGAAAGAGCGAUUAGAAGAGAAGCAAAGAGCUUCACGACGGGAUCGCUCCAAGGACGAGGAGGAGUGGUCCACCAGGUGGUUCAAUCUGGGAACAAACCCCCACACGGGAGCAGAGGACUGGCUCUACACCGGUGGAUACUUUGACAGGAACUACGCCGACUGUCCCAGCAUCUAUUGACACCAGAGGGAGCUCACUGUGAACGUCUCCUCCCCGACUGGUUUUACUUAGUUUCUCUUGAGCAUCGAACAUCUGUGUGUCUGUGGCGCUCACUGGUACCGUGUCUGUGUCUGAGUCAGUGUAACGCUGAUAACAUCGAACUGUUAUCAGGCAAUUAACAAGAUGAUCUGCAACCGACUGAGCGCUGUGCACAGGAGAAUUGUUAUAAUAUGAAGAAUUUUAGAGUUUACUUACUGUAAAUGUACAAUAAUAGUCCACCUUACUCACCUGACGAGGGUUUUAAACCUGUCAUCUCUGUGCGAUCGCUGCCUUGCUGCUGCAGGAGGCAGAGCUCUGACUUCCUAUAGGACGUGUUUCCAGGUUUAGGUUUUCCACCGUCAUCGUACCUGUAGACAAAACACACACUUCUGUCAAGUUGCAUUCAGAUAUCAGGGGAUAUUCUACACAUCUGCUACUUUUAUAUAAACCCUAUUUGAAUAUUAGAUGUCUAUUUUAGUUAGCACUAAACAUCUGUACAACAUCACACGUGUGAUCAUUUUCCGUUACUGGAGACAUACAGUAAAAUCGAAAAAGCUGCUUAUAACCGCGUUUACUGCCACGGUAAACAGAUGUUGUUGGUACAUUAUAUUGUUGUCCGCUGUAACAUAGAUGGUGUGUAUAAUAACUGGUGCAUGCAUGUUCACCAGGUGGAUUAUUUACACACGUUUAAGCCAUAAAAAACCUUUUCUGCACUGAGUAUAAUACAUGAGACUAUAAAGCAAAGGGAUACAGAGCGUAUUGGUUUAGAAGAGAGGAAGGGGGGAGGGGGGGAGGGGUGUAAAGUCUGAGGUUGCAGACUCCAGCCUCAGACAUUUUUUAAUCGUUUGUGUAGAUGGUCACAGUUUGUUGACAUGAUGCCUGUACGUGGAUGUGCAGAGGAGAGAAUCAGUGUUCCAGGAAAAAUAACCUGAGCCUUAGUACGACUGUCAACAAAUAUGAAUCCUAGCCUACAACAUGAAAAAUGUUCAUACUAAUGGAUUUUUGUAACUCCUGUUAUUAAUCUCUGUCUCACUUGAAUUUAGGAGCACAAUCUUUCUCUAAGUUCUGGGCGUCAUAGCUCCAAGUAGGAGAGCACACCUCUGCCAACGGGUCAAUCCAGCUGCAGUGACUUUCACACAUCAGAUUUGUUUUCAAUCUUCCAUGCAGACUUUUAUUCACUGUGGGAUAAAUAUUUUGUGAUAUUCUCUGGACACUGGAUCUAAAUGGAAAAACAUUAUUCAUCUCAGAUAUUCGCCCGAUCGAGGAGCUGUACCUCAAAGAGAAAACUGUGUCCUACUGAUUGUUAAUUAAAGACAUUCUCUUCACACGUGGACACAAAGUCACUCUGAGUGUUUCCAGCUUCAGCUCCUCGGCCAUUCUUCAGUUCACCACACACACACAUAACAGGAAACUGUUGACAUCAUGAACCUAUGCAAACUGACCCAUCCACUCUGCCCUCCUGAAAUGUGAAAAAUAAAAAACACUUAAUUUCU